ACGUAGUUUGUUAGCGUAGAUGCUGACCAAAAUCAAUUUGACGAAGCCCCGCAAUAUAUUCCUUUCGUCUUUCUGGUGAAGAAGGGAUGAGAUCAUAAUUCAGUUGAUUUUUGUUUUUAUUCGUAGCUUUAAUGAUCUGGGUGUUUGUGGAAUCAAUCAAGAAUUAGGGAUGGGCGUGGAUUAUUAUAACGUUCUGAAAGUGAACAGGAAUGCCACAGAAGAUGAUCUCAAGAAGUCAUACAGGAGACUGGCAAUGAAAUGGCACCCCGACAAAAACCCGAACAGCAAGAAAGAAGCUGAAGCCAAAUUCAAACAAAUCUCCGAAGCUUAUGAGGCAAGCCUUUUCCUUCCCUUCUUUUCAACUGAUCCUAUUCACCUGUUUUGUCAUUUGUGUGGAACGAAUUGCAAAUUUUGUUUUCAAUCCAGGGCAGCAAACAUAUUGCUAAUCCACCAAAGUUAUAGAUUCUGGGUUUUCCUUCCUAGACAGGUCCUAAGCGAUCCUCAAAAGAGAGCAAUUUCUGAUCAAUAUGGUGAAGAAGGCUUGAAAGAUAUUCCACCACCUGGCAGCACUGUAUGUACCUUUAAAAAUGGUUGCAAUGGAAAUGGGUUCAAUCCAAGGAAUGCAGAGGAUAUAUUUGCGGAAUUUUUUGGAAGUAGCCCUUUUGGAUUUGGGUCGUCUGGACCAGGGAGGUCCACGACGUUCCCACCUGAUGGGGGCAUAUUUGGAGGAUUUGGUGGAACUGACAACAUUUUUCGAACUUGCAGUGAAGGGACUGUACCAAGGAAACCUCCACCAGUGGAAAGCAAAUUACCUUGCAGCCUUGAGGAGCUAUAUAGUGGAUCAACAAGGAAGAUGAAGAUCUCUAGAACUGUUGUCAACUGCAGCUGGCUUUUCCCGUUAUUUUCAAGAGCAUUAAGAUUGAAGGAUAAAGUUCUAGGCCACACUGUCACUAAUCAUUUACUAAAAAAUUCCCACAGGCAGCAAGUACAAGAAUCAGAGAUAUUAACUAUUGAAAUCAAGCCUGGGUGGAAGAAGGGAACAAAGAUCACUUUCCCAGACAAAGGAAACGAGCAGCCAAAUCAGCUUCCAGCUGACCUUGUAUUCAUCAUUGAUGAGAAACCCCAUGAUUUUUACAAAAGAGAUGGCAACGACCUCGUUGUGAACAAAAGAAUGUCACUGGCAGAUGCACUUGGUGGGACAACGGUAGAUCUUGUUACUCUAGAUGGGCGUAAUCUGUCAUUAUCAGUAGCCGAUAUUAUAAACCCGGGUUAUGAGCUUGUGGUUCCCAUCGAGGGAAUGCCAAUAGCCAAGGAGGCAGGUAAUAGAGGUGAUCUUUGGAUAAAAUUUGAUGUGAAGUUCCCUAGAAGGUUGACACCAGAGCAACAAGCAGGACUCAAGCGUGCCUUGGGUGGUUAAUACAAGAAGCUUUCAUGCAUUACAGCCGCUGGAUUGUGGGAGGACUCUCUAGAAGGCCAGAUGGCCCCUUGAUUAUGUCAAUCUGCAUUCCAUCAGCUGCUGCAACCUACACCUUUGUAUUCUUCAUGUUUCUCAGGGAAAUUGUAUCAUAUAAUAGUCUCGAAUUGUACAAUCGA